UCCAUGCACAUGAAUUUACGGUUGACUUUGACAGAGAUAUUUAACAUCGUGGUGUGGUAUCGUACUUUGGAUUAGAAUAAAGACGAAAUACGCUAAACCUUCGUUGAUAUGAUAUCGGUCCACUGGCUGGUGCUGGCUUUGUCGUCUGGACUCGUAUUCUCGACGGAAAUGAUGGGGGAGAUUCAUAACCACAAUGGUAGUGGCACGUUUAAUAGGUCUUUGACAGGUGAGGACAGAUUCAGCAAUCUGGAGGACAUCGACGUAACUGCUGACGGGAGCCCGGUCCUCAGAUUUAUGAUUUCGGUAGUGUACUCGGUGGUGUGCGCCGUUGGUUUGGUGGGCAACUUGCUGGUUUUUUUCUUCAUCAAAGUAAGGCAGGGAAGGAAGAAAUCCACUAUUAAUUUCUUUAUUCUUAACCUGGCUGUGACAGACUUCCAGUUUGUGUUGACCCUGCCAUUCUGGGCGGUGGACACCGCUCUGGACUUCAGCUGGCCGUUUGGAAAUGCGAUGUGCAAGAUCAUCCUCUCCGUCACCGUUAUGAACAUGUACGCUAGCGUGUUCUUUCUCACUGCCAUGAGCAUCACUCGCUACUGGUCUGUCGCCUCGGCUCUGAAGAACCGAACUCGACAGAUAACUUGCUCGGUGAAAUGGGUGAGCGCUCUGUUGUGGAUCUCAGCGACUGUGGCUACGGCACCAACAUCCAUAUUCUCCACAGUGACAAACGUGGCCGGGGAAAAACUCUGCCUUUUGAAAUUCCCUCACGGACAGUAUUGGCUGGCCGUGUACCACCUUCAGAAAAUCUUGAUUGCCUUUGUUGUACCAAUGCUAAUAGUUUCAGUUUGUUAUUUGUUGCUCCUGCGAUUCGUCCGCCUGAGAAGCAUGAGCACCACCAACUCAAAGCGGAGGUCCAGAGUCACCAAAUCUGUCACUAUCGUAGUCCUCUCAUUCUUUCUGUGCUGGAUGCCAAAUCACGCCAUCACUCUCUGGGGCGUCUUAGUUAAAUUCAAUGUAGUUUACUGGGACGAAACCUAUUACAUGGUUCACACCUAUGUGUUCCCUGUGACUGUCUGUCUAGCUCACGUGAACAGCUGUUUAAACCCCGUUCUUUACUGUCUUACGCGGAAAGAGUUUAGGAAGAAGCUGAAGGAUUUGAUUUUUAGAAUUUAG